AUGUCUAGCUGGUCUGAUCCAUCCAAUAUGAUAACUGUCAUUCCUCCAAGUCGGCUUCGAGCUUUGGAAUUACAAUGGUCCGAAGGUAUUCAACAGCGUUUCGAUGAUAGUCACAUAAUUUCAAACCCCAAUAGUCAUCUCAAUGCUAAAUUCCGAACAAAUCUCCGUUCAGAGCUUUUCAAGAACUUUCAAUCCGUAUUGGAAACAUAUAAAUCUCAAAAUGUUCAUCUUUGGAAAGCGUCCGAAUUACGAUUUUCUUUUUCUUGGAAACGAGGUUCUGGAAGUUAUACCUUUUCACAUCCUUCUUUACCUGGUUUCCCUUCACAACCCAUGUUCAGCGGUAUAGUUGACGUAACAGCGACUUAUGAUGAGACCAGUUUUGAUGUUGAACUUCCAGUCAGGAUAGAAGCACCACGUCAAAAUCUCGUAAACGCUACUCAUACUGAGUUUAACGGACUUAAUGUACAAUUACGUGAAAAGCGACGGUCAUGGAAAUUAAGGAAGGCAGAUGUGGAUGAAUUGGUACUUCAAGCUGGUACGACUGUUCUUAAUUCUUUGGAAAGGGUUAAAGAACAAUGGAGACAAUCUAUGGCUUUAUCUAUGAUUGAAGCAGAUAGGUUAUGGUCAGAAGUAACGACAAUGACGGAACCUACAACCCCCAACAUUUCAAGUGUACAAAUCACCGUCGGUUUCGAUGGGACUUAUUGGGAUGAUGAGAAUGCUUACAAAUUACCUCAUCUAGAAUUUGAAAUGACUUGUGAUAGACAGAUAGGAUGGUUGGUCAGGGCUGAAGAUGUUACUUUUACUACUAUGGGGUCUGUCGAAGUUUUAUCAAUCUCGUGA